CUUGUCUUCUUCCAUUUCUGGGAAUCUAGAGUCUAGACCAUACCCAACACAACACGAAAGCAUAAAGAAAAAGAUUAAGCAACAAUGAAGGGAAGAGAAAUAGAGAGUCAUCCUUUACUGAGAGGUGGAAGUAGAGUCUAUAAUUUUACUCAUGAUUUUUCUUCUGCUCAGAUCCAAUCCCUUACUGCCAUCUGUGAAACUCUCAUCCCUUCCUUGCCAAUUGAUACCAUCAACAAGCAACACUCUGAUAACGAGGCCAUUCGUUCAUUCUACAAAGCUUCUGCCUCUCACCCUCCAAUCCCUCACCAGGUAGCAGGAUUUUUGCUGAAGAGAGCUCAACCAAAAGCUGUGUUCGUUGUGCGAUUAAUUUUGACGCUUCUUUCAUUCAGAUUGGGAACAUUAUUGCUUUGUGGGUAUCAUUGUUUAGAUUGGAAAUGGCCCUUCAUUAACAAAUUCUCAGAAAUUCCCGUAGAAAGGAGAGAAGAAAUUCUCAAGAAAUGGUCAAGGGGAAAGUUUUUGUUACCUCCAAGAGUAGCGUUUGCGAUGAUCAAAGUCUUCUGCUCAUACGUCUUCUUCUCCGGGACUGAUGAAAACUCAGAAAACCCAGCAUGGAAAGCAAUUGGAUUCCAGCCAGACACCAAGGAAACAUUGAAGAGACCCAAAGAGGAGAGGCCUCUUCAUAAGGGGGUUAUAGAAACCAUUUAUGAAGAUGACGCGACACUUCUCCAAAGUCUCAGCCGAAAGGGCCUUGAGGUGACGGAAGUUCCUGAAGAAGACGCCUACGAGAUCAAAUGUGAUGUUGUAAUCGUUGGUUCUGGUUGCGGUGGCGGUGUUGCGGCAUCAGUUCUUGCAAGCUCUGGUCAAAAGGUACUUGUUCUCGAGAAAGGGAACUACUUCGUGGCUGAAGAUUAUUCUUCUCUGGAAGGUCCCUCCAUGCUUGAGCUAUACGAUUCUGGUGGAAUUCAAACCAGUGAUGACGGGAAAUUUUUGGUAUUGGCUGGAUCAACAGUGGGUGGAGGCUCUGCUGUUAACUGGUCUGCUUCCAUCAAAACACCAGAUUUUGUUCUCAGAGAAUGGUCUGUGGAUCAUAAGAUUCCUCUUUUCGGGUGCUCUGACUAUCAAUCUGCUAUGGAUGUUGUCUGGAAGAGGAUCGGCGUUACGGAAAAAUGCAACCAGGAAGGAUUUCAAAAUCAAGUCCUUCGAAAAGGGUGUGAGAAUCUUGGUUUAAAAGUUGAGUCAGUUGCAAGAAAUUCAUCAGAAGAUCAUUAUUGUGGUUCUUGCAAUUAUGGUUGUAGAACUGGAGACAAGAAAGGAACUGAUACUACUUGGCUUGUCGAUGCUGUAGACAAUGGUGCAGUGAUUCUAACAGGAUGUAAAGCUGAGAAAUUCAUAUUGGAAAAUAACAAUAACAGCAACGCAAGUAAAAGGAAAAAAUGUUUGGGAGUGAUUGCAACAGCUUUGAAUAAGAACAUCACAAAGAAGCUGAAAAUUAAGGCAAAAGUAUCAGUUUCAGCUUGUGGGUCUCUCUUGACACCCCCUCUGAUGAUAUCUAGUGGUUUGAAAAAUCCAAAUAUCGGCAAGAACCUUCACCUGCAUCCGGUUCUAAUGGUUUGGGGAUACUUUCCAGAGUACAUGACAGAACUUAAAGGAAAAAGUUACGAUGGUGGAAUCAUCACCUCCAUCCAUAAGGUGGUUUCAGAAGAAUCUAACUUUAAAGCAAUCAUAGAAACUCCUGCAAUUGCACCAGCUAGUUUUGCAGCACUAUCUCCGUGGACUUCAGGGCGUGAAUUUAAGGAGAGGAUGGUUAAGUUUGGAAGAACCGCUCACCUAUUUGCAUUGGUCAGAGAUGAAGGUUCCGGAGAAGUUAAAAGAGAGGGUAUAAUAAAGUAUAAUUUAAAGCAGAUUGAUAAAGAAAAUAUAAAAAUUGGGUUGAGGCUGGCUCUGAGAAUGUUGAUUGGAGCAGGAGCUGUAGAAGUAGGGACCCUUCGGAGUGAUGGGCAGAGAAUAAAAUGUAAAGGGGUGAAGGAGGAAGAGUUGGAGGAGUUUUUGGACAGCGUGGACGUAGUUGGAGGGCUGAAUUCAAGGAACGAGAACUGGGGAGGAUAUUUUUCAGCACAUCAAAUGGGAAGUUGCAGAAUGGGAGCGAAUGAAGAAGAGAGUGGUGUUGAUUUGAAUGGUGAAAGUUGGGAAGCAGAAGGCUUGUUUGUGUGUGACGGCAGCGUUUUGCCGACUGCAGUUGGAGUGAAUCCUAUGAUCACCAUCGAAUCUACUGCGUAUUGCCUUUCCAAGAAUAUUGCUAAGCUAAUGCAACAAACAUAAAUCCCAUUGCCAAGUAGAGAAGUGAUUCUCUCUGGCCUGCUGCUUUGGGAAUCCAUUUUUCUGUUUAUACAUGGUGAAUGAAUAAUACAAGCACUUUGAAUUUUUUUUAAUAA